UUUGGACGAGAGCUGUGAUGUCCGCGACACAGCGCAGUUACUCGUAUUUGUCCGUGGGAUAACGCCGGACUUCAAGAUUACGGAGGAGCUGGCAGCAAUGUGGCCGAUGAAAGGGACGACGACAGGGAGCGAUCUGUUCACGGAGGUAAAUGCGUGCAUGGACACGCUGGGACUGAAAUGGGACAGACUGGCAGGUGUCACAACAGACGGUUGUCCAAAUCUUACAGCUAAAAAUGUUGGACUUUUGAAACGUAUGCAAGAUAAAGUGACUGAAAUCGACGCAGAUCAGAAAUUGGUAUUUUUGCAUUGUAUUAUACACCAACAUGUGUUGUGCAAGUCAGUGCUAAAAAUUCACCAUGUUAUUGAUGUUGUUACUAAAAUUGUAAACUUCAUCAGGGCACGGGCAUUGAAUCACAGACAGUUUGUUGCACUUUUGGAGGAGCAUGAGACUGAGCAUAGUGACGUCGGCUACCACACAGCUGUCAGGUGGCUCAGCCUGAAAGCAGAGAUUCAAGAGUUUUGUGAGAAGAAAGGCAAAGACAUCCCAGAGCUCUCAGAUGAGGACUGGAUGGCAGAUUUUGCAUUUGCUGUUGAUGUGACUGCACUGAUGAAUGAACUGAACACCAAACUGCAAGGCAAGGGCCUUUUUGUUCAUGAAAUGCACAGCCUGGUGAAGGCUUUCAUGAGAAAGAUGCAGUUUCUUUCAAGCCAACUGGAGAGCAACACUCUCACUCACAUGUAAACCCUGAAAGAAGUCACACCAUCAGCUGAUCACCUCCGCAGGUACUCAUCCAUGUUAGGAGCAUUGCAUGGUGAGUUUUCAAGGCGAUUUGAAGAUCUCCGAACAAUCGAGGAUGAAAUGCCUCUCCCUUUACCUGCAGUAUGGAUAAUGCACCCAGUGAUGUUCAGCUGGAACUCAUUGACCUGCAGUCUGAUGCAGUACUGGUAG